CCCUACAAUGAUAGUUCUUAGUAAUGAAAUCAAUCUUUGAAGAAAGAUGUCAUCUUUGAUAUUGAGAAGAUCAUCUCAUCUUGUUAUAAAAUCAACCCUAAAACGAAAUCUCUUCACUCCCCUCAAUUCCUUUACCAAAGACGCUCAAUUUCACCGCUCCCGAUUCUCAAAUCUCAUUAACUCGAAUUUAUCAUCUGCGAUUCAUUCAAGUACUAUCAUCAAUAAAGGAUGUUACCGUUCGUUUACUUCUCAGCCCGCCUUCGAAGCCGCUACAAUCGAUGGACUAACAGUCGAAGGUAUAAUCGCCAAUCAAUGGCCAAUACUUGACGAGAGUGAAAACGAUUGGAAAAGCCAUGCUUCAGCGAUCGCUCAAUCCAUUCAUCUAAUCAAGAAACGGAUGCAGUGGAAGACAUUGAUCGUUAGAAUUCAGAUGUUAUCAGCUCAAUUAGAUAAACCAGAUCUUUGGGAUGACCCUGUUCGAGCUGGGAAGAUAAGUAGAGAACAUGGUUCACUUAUGAGCAAAAUGAAAGAGGUGAAAUCUUUUGAACAAGAGCUGUUAGAACAGAUUGACAUGAUUAAGCUUGCCCGAGAGGAGAAUGAUUCGGAUUUGGAAUCGGAAGCAUUGAAGGCUUUACUCGAUAUGAGAAGAUACUCAUUGGAGAAAGAACUUGAGGCUUUAUUGGCUGGAGAUCAAGAUCCUUGUUCAUGUUUUAUAGAGGUUCAAGCUGGAGCAGGAGGCACUGAAAGUAUGGAUUGGGCUUCAAUGGUCAUGAAAAUGUAUAAGAUGUGGGCUCAACGCCGUGGAUAUGGAGUGACGGUUGUGGAUGAGAUGCCUGGAGACAUAGCGGGAAUAAAGAGAGCAACCAUCAAACUAGAUGGGAAAUACGCAUUUGGUUAUGCAAAAGCAGAGGUGGGAGUGCAUAGGCUCGUUCGUAUUUCUCCAUUUGAUAACGCCAAAAGGAGGCAUACUUCAUUCGCGGCCGUGGCUGUAAUACCAAUCCUUGGAGAUGCAUCUUCUCAAGUUCAAAUCAACGAAUCUGAUCUCAAAAUCGAACGGUAUCGAUCGGGUGGUCCCGGUGGCCAGCACGCUAACACGACCGACAGUGCUGUGAGAAUAACCCACGUUCCCUCCGGCAUUACUGCGUGCAGUCAAAAUCAAAGGUCACAACAUCAGAAUAAGGCUUCUGCAAUGGCUGUUCUUCAAGCGCGUUUAGACCAGCUGGAGAUGACCCGUCAAGCUCAGAUGAAUGCCCAACAUACACAGUCUCUUACGGAGAUCAGUUGGGGCAAUCAGAUUCGCACUUACGUGCUUCAUCCUUAUCGGAUGGUUAAGGAUCUUCGGACGAACUACGAAGUAUCGGAUCCAGAUUCUGUUCUAGAUGGAGAUAUAGAUAGCUUUAUCUUGAGUUUUCUUUCAUCUUCAUUGGAUAAGGAGGAUGUUGGAUUCUGAUCAAGACUCUUUAUUUAGGAUUAGCAACUUUUGAGAUUAUUUUGUGUCAUAUUAUUCCAAUCUAUGCAAGCCAAAAAUCCUUGGUACUAACAAAAUAAAAAAACACUGACUAUCUGGAUUUAUACAAUUUGUAAUCUGCUUUACACUAUGUUAUCUCAUUUGGAUCUAUAUCUAUGUUAGACAUAUGAUA